ACACAGCACAGCAACACACACAACAGCAGUGAGAUUUCCAUCCAGAAGAUCCAACUGGACGGCGACUCUCCUCCAUCUGUGACGAGGAAAAACACACAAACAUCAAACACGGUGGAUAUUGGCCUAGUGUCUGAGCCGGUCUCUCCCCCUGAUCCCGUUCCUGCGGAGAGGGUUGUCAGGACCAGUUCCCAUAACUCCCAGCGCAGGCCGUCCAAAAGCUCUCUGUCUCUUCAGGAUUUCCGAAUGAUCGCAGUGUUGGGCCGGGGACAUUUUGGCAAGGUGCUGCUGUCUGAAUACAAACGCUCAGGAAAAGUGUACGCCAUUAAAGCACUGAAGAAAGGGGACAUUGUGGCACGAGACGAGGUGGAAAGUUUGAUGUGCGAGAAGCGAAUCUUCGAGACAGUAAACAGCGCGCAACAUCCAUUCCUGGUCAACCUGUUUGCGUGUUUUCAGACGCCAGAACACGUGUGCUUUGUCAUGGAGUACACAGCCGGCGGAGACCUAAUGAUGCACAUACACGCUGAUGUAUUCUCUGAAACACGCUCUGUGUUUUAUUCUGCAUGUGUGGUUUUGGGGCUUCAGUUUCUUCAUGAUAAUAAGAUUGUGUAUCGAGAUCUGAAGUUGGAUAACCUGCUGCUGGAUACUGAAGGUUAUGUGAAGAUUGCAGACUUUGGGCUUUGUAAAGAGGGAAUGGGUCAUGGUGACAGAACCAGUACAUUUUGUGGGACUCCAGAAUUUCUUGCUCCUGAGGUUCUAACAGACACGUCCUACACCAGAGCUGUUGACUGGUGGGGUCUUGGUGUGCUCAUUUACGAGAUGCUGGUUGGAGAGUCACCUUUCCCAGGUGAUGAUGAGGAGGAGGUGUUCGAUAGUAUUGUAAAUGAUGAAGUACGUUACCCAAGAUUCCUCUCCACUGAGGCCAUUGGUAUCAUGAGACGGUUGCUGAGGCGUAAUCCUGAGAGACGACUGGGCUCCAGUGAGAAAGAUGCAGAGGACAUCAAGAAACAACCCUUCUUUAGGAAUAUGGAGUGGGAUGCACUUUUGCAGAAGAGAGUUCCUCCUCCUUUCGUUCCCGCGGUGAAGGGAAAAGAAGACGUCAGUAACUUCGACGCCGAGUUUACGAACGAAGCUCCGACUUUGACGCCUCCUCGUGAACGCCGGACCCUAUCUCGGAAAGACCAGGAGUACUUCAAGGACUUUGACUAUGUCUCUGACUUCUGUUAGGACACAAGUGUGAAUACUGACGCUGCUAGGUAUGGGAGAUGUGGUUCUCGCAUCCUAGUCCCCAUCAAGGCUGCUUGGCGUGAGGACUGACGCUUCCUCAGAGGCUUCCUGCCAAUGGGUUUGUUCAACAUGAAAACCAUAAAGAGUAAGAGUACUGGGCCCAUAAGAGUGAUUGGACCUUGAGGAAAUGACUCCAUCUGACUGCAGGAGGUACAUCAAACAUGAAGAGAUUCAAGAAUCCACAUAAUGUGAAGCUCUGAAAGCAGGCGACCAAGAAGUUUUCUUGCCCUGUUUGCAAAGAGGCAGGAUUUUCAAAUGGUCAGUCAGGCUCUUUCACAACAUUAUCCUUAGCACCAGAUGCUAAUCAGGUCAUGAAUCUUUUCAACAGAGUGCUGCAGGGAUGAUUUUGUAGUCCAGUGUGCAUUUUAGCACUUUUGGUUCCAUCGUCCUGAAGUCAAUGGUUUUUUGGUUAAAUGUCUGAAAUAAAGUCUGGGGUUAACACAAGCUCAACAUAUUUUUACAAAUUAUUCUACAACAUAAAGUGCAUCAAUAAUAUCCCCUCGUCUUGAAAAAGGCAGUUGCUAACAAGUGUCUAAAUGGGAUUACAGAGGUUAUUGGGGACCUUACCUGCUCAGUGUGAUGACGUUCAAACUUGUCUACUUAUAACUCGCUUUCACAGCCUCAUUCCAUUUAUAAUUGUGCUCUUGCAAACUAUUCUAAAUGAAACUUUCAGGAUAGAAGUUUUUAAAUAAUGACUGAAAGAGUUCAUUUAUAGUUCGUUUAGCUGUUUACUUCUAGUGACUGUAUUUAGACUUCGAAAUUCAUAAAAGGAGAGUUCCUGUAAAAAAAAGUCCAACUUUUGUUGGUCACACAGCUUAUUUUCUGCAAUAAUCCAAAAGCCAAUGGAAAAAUCCUACUGGGUUUUUGUGGAAGGAACCAGUUUGAUGCUAACUUAUGGGUUGGUCUACAAAAAUACAUCUCUGCAGCACUCUAUGGGAGCUUGUUGACUAGCAGAGUCCAGUCUCAUGGUACUGACCUGAGUAAAAUGGCUCACCAAAUUCUUCCUUCUCCUGUCUUUCUGUCUGCAUAUUUUUUUUGACCAGUGUAUCCAUAUAUCACACACAAUCCAAAGACUGUUUACUUCUGUAAUACACUCAUUUAACCACACAAGGGCGGCAUAGAGUUGUGGAAAUACUGUGUCAGGUGUUCCAUGUUUUGGGAUCCUACUGUGUUAUGAGCAUGUCCCUUAACAAAAGAUGGCAUCAACCUCUAAAUUUGUAUUUUCAGAGAUUUUGUUUUUCUUUCUCACUAAAACUUGACUAAUUACGGAAAUGCUAUGCCUGAAUAUUACCAUAUUAAACAACUCUUUUGGGA